AUGAAGUGCGGCCCGGUGGGCGGCGGCGGCCAGGGCGGCGAGGAUCUCCUGCUCGGCGGCUGCUGGCUGGACCCCAAGCUGGACGCGGCCUCACCGCCCCCCACCUGCCACGAGCUGCUCGACUCGCUCCUCGCCCCACCGCCCCUCGCCGAGCUCAAGCCCCUGCCGCCCUUCACCGGCUACACCGGCCACCUCUCCAUCAACGGCAUCUCCGGCCACCACUACCACGCGAUCGCGCAACGCCUCCCCGAGGAGAACAACAACUACCCGACCCAGAGCGGCUACGGCGCCGACCACGACGUCGUCUCCUCGUCGACUUGCGCCGCUGAAGCCGAGCCGCCCGAUUUGGAAGAUGUCAAGCCUUACGCCUUGGAUGCGCCAGAUACGAAACCGUUCGCGCCCGAAUCUACGGGGCCGGGCGCUGCAGACAGUUGCGCUCAGUCAUGUUCACCACCAGCGAAACUCUUCGACGAGGGUCACAAACAGGACAUGUACGACAUUAGCUCCAUAGAAGACAUCGCUGCUAUUAUUGGUUCCGCUAUUGCAGACACGACAGUACCCUCACAGCCGGAAGACCCCGAAAGAAAUGAUUCAAGGGACAGUUGGAUGGACAUCGACGCUUGGAUAGCAGGCGCUUGCAGUCAACAUGGUGACAAGAUCGUCCCUCAAAAUCUCGACGAGUUUGGUCUCCCGAAUUCUCCGCCCCCAUCACAAACAAAUCACCACUCCGGGCUCGACUUCCCUUGCAAACCGAGCCAGGAGUUUACAAAGAGCCAGGAAUUCCUACAGAAGAAUCUCGGACAGGCGGGCUCAACGCUGCAAACUUUAUUAACGCACGGCUACAUGCCGUUACUCCAAAAUCGGCUUCAAAACGGACCACCCGUCAAACAAGAGGCGAGCUCCACUAGCUACGGUAUGGAUGUAAUAUCCACCUCGUCGCCGCCAGGCAACGCCGUGUCCACCACGGACGGCGUCGGCGGUCUGCUCAACGGCAGAUACGCGCCGCACUACGCCCUCGGUCUGAAGUCCGACGGGCUGUGCAGUCCGGAGAGGCUGCUGGGCUACCCGCACGCGCACACGACUACCGUGACGCCGACCAACAAAAGCAAGAGGAGCCGCGCGAAGGCGAAACAGGCCAACAGCGCGGGCAACAUCCACGGCAGCUCGCUGGCAUUCUCCUCGGCGGCGGCGGCGGAGCUGAGCGGCCUCCUCGGCAAGGAGAAGCCGGUGCACCGCUGCGGCAUCUGCAACAGGGGCUUCCUGAACAAGUCCAACAUAAAGGUGCACCUGCGCACCCACACCGGCGAGAAGCCGUUCAGGUGCGACGUUUGCGCGAAAGCCUUCCGCCAGAAGGCGCACUUGAUCAAGCACCAGCAGAUCCACAAACGGAUCGGACGCGAC